UUACAGGUUUUUCGGUUGCAAACUUAUGGAUUUUAAAGAAGUCGAUCUAGAAACGCCAGCUGGUAUUUUGGCUGACUCACUAGCACAAAUAUUUAUGAUGACAACCAACGACGAGCUGCGACAGCAAGCUUAUCGGAUGGUUAGUGUAGAGAACAACCGUGAUUUUGCUCUCGCUGUCGAGGCACGUCUUAAUGAAUAUUUCAAAAGCAAACAACGUAAACUGGACAGAAGGUCAAUUUUGCGGAUCCGUGGAGAGAAGGAUGAUGCAAGUGUAAUUUUGAAACACUUCUUGAAAACUGCAGGUUUACCUCCGGAUGCUGUAGAAAAGUUCAGUUCGAAAAAGUAA